AUGGCUCCGCUAUCGAUUUUGGACCUUGUGUCCGCGCUUCCCUCCGAUGAUACCUGGGGACCGGCCGUCACCACCGAAAAGACGCUCGAUGGAGUCCCAUACGCCCCCUUCUCAAAGGGUGAUAAGUUAGGCCGCAUGGCUGACUGGAGUUCAGAGGGCAAAGAUGGCCGUGACGGACGAAGUGGACGACAGGCUUACAACCGUAAUUACAGAGAUCAACAAGUAUACGGUGCUGGGACUGGCAGCUUGUUCGCUGUUCAGGUCGCCGAAGAUGAAUCAAGCUUCUCCGUUGUCGACAACACUCGAACGUCCGUCAAGUCUCGCGGAUUCGGCCGAGGUGGUGGUACCAUUUUCCGCGGUCGUGGACGAGGUGGCCCCCAGAGAGGAAGGGGAGGAUUCCAGAGAGUUGGAGGUGGUCGUGGUGGCCAGGGAGGAGACAGAUAUUUCGACAGCCGUGGUGGACGAGGAGGCCGUGGUGGUGGCCGACGUUUCGGUUGGAAAGACUAUGACAAGCCACAGCGAAACCGAGACAGCUCUAUUGCCAUUCGACCAGAGUGGACUGUGCUGGAGGAAAUCGAUUUCAACCGCCUCGCGAAACUCAACCUCGAGACUCCCGACGGCCAGGACAUUGAUACCUAUGGUUUCCUUCACUACUAUGAUAGGUCCUACGACAAGGCUCCUGUCAAGGGUGCUGAGAAGAAGCUGCAGUCUUUGGACCGCGCUGCUUACAACGUCACCACAUCCGCCGACCCCGUCAUUCAAGAAUUGUCCGAAAAGACGGAUGCUACUGUUUUCGCCACUUCAGAUAUCCUUUCAAUGCUCAUGUGUGCUCCUCGCAGUGUUUAUUCUUGGGAUAUUGUCAUCGUUAAGCAAGGUGACAAGAUCUACUUCGAUAAGCGGGAUAAUGCUUCCAUCGAUCUAGUCACCGUUAAUGAGAAUGCCACCGACGCACCACUCGAGGUUUCUGAAGCUCAGUCUGGUACUAAGCACGACCCGAUUAACACCCCCGGUGCUCUCGCUCUUGAGGCCACCAUCAUCAACCACAACUUCACCCUCCAGACAGUGGUAGAGUCAGACACUUCCAAGGUCGACUACCCCAACAGCAACCCCUUCUACAACCCCUCCGAAGAAACGGAACCUCUUGCUUCCAAGGCAUACAAAUACCGACGCUUCGAUCUUUCUGUUGGCGGAGAGGAAGAGCCAGUUAACAUGGUUGUUCGAACCGAAGUUGAUGCAGUGAUCAAGAACGUCAGCGGAGACGACCACCUUGUCACUCUCCGUGCCCUCAACGAGUUUGACCAUAGAGCACCUGGUGCCGGUGGUGCUCUUGACUGGCGCAACAAGCUUUCCUCACAGCGUGGUGCCGUCGUUGCUACCGAGAUGAAGAACAACAACUGCAAGCUUGCCCGAUGGACUACCCAGGCACUCCUUGCCAAGACGGACAUUCUCAAGCUCGGUUUCAUUGCCAGAGCCAACCCACGCUCCGCUUCUGCUCAUAUCAUACUUGGUGUCAUGGGUUACAAACCCCGCGAAUUUGCCGGACAGAUGAACUUGAACAUCAAUAAUGGAUGGGGCAUUGUACGGACCAUUGUCGACCUUAUCCGCAGUCAUGAUAACGAAGAAGAGGGUGACGAGGAGACCGUCAAGAAAUAUAUUCUUGUCAAGGAUCCUAACAAGCCUGUUCUCCGUCUCUACGGUGUUCCAUCCAACACUUUUGAAGAGGACGAGGAUAUGGGACAAGGACGGGACGGAAAGAUUGAUGAGGAAGACGAGUAA